AUGGGUGAAUUGGCCGACGAAGAUGCGGUUGUCGAUCUCACAUCGCCAUCUAAUGGCCGUGAUAUCUCAGAACAAGAAGUGGAUGCACUCGCAUCCUUUCACCUACAUGCUCGCGCAAUUGCCCGUGAAAGGGGAGUCUCUGCAUGUGCUGGCGAAGGCAUCAACCGCUGGCCUGCAGUGCAUCGCCUUGAUGCUGCUCGUCUCUAUCGCCUGACUCUGGAGAAGGGCGUCGCAGGCGCAAGGUAUCACGCGGUGGCCGAGGAAGAAAUUCCUAUGAAGGAUAUUGCGGAAGCCCUUGGUCGCGGUCUAAAUCUUCCAAUCGUGUCGAAGACAUCGGAAGAGGCUCCUGCGCAUUUCAACAGCUUCAUGGCUUUCGCUGCUAGUGCGGAUAAUCCCACUUCUAGCUAG